UGGACUAAUGACUUUCCCCACUCGCCAGCUUGGAGCCAAUGGCCCAUUCGUCAGUGCGAUCGGUCUCGGUGCCAUGGGUAUUGGGGAGUGCUAUGGCAAGACCGACUAUGACGAGGCCUUCAAGAUGCUCACGUAUGCCUGUGACAACGGCGUUACAUUCUGGGAUACCGCAGACAUCUACGGAUCGAGUGAAGAGACUCUGGGAAAAUGGUUCGCAUCCACUGGCCGCCGCUCCGAAAUAUUUCUUGCUUCGAAAUUUGGUGCUGCAGACAUGCGAGAUGAAUCGGAGCGUCCAGAGGCUCCCAACGAGAACGGCUUACCACCUCCUAAUUCCAAACCCUCCUACAUUCUUCGCCAACUCCAACGUUCUCUCAGUCUCCUCCAAACAGACCAUAUUGACCUUUACUACCAACACCGUCCCGAUCCGCAAGUUCCCAUUGAAGUGGUCCUUGAGGCCUUGCGCCCGGCCUUUGAGGAUGGGAGGAUCAGGUGGUUUGGGAUGAGCGAGUGUAGCCUGGAUGUCGUUAGGAGAGCUAAAGCCGUGGAUGAAUUGGGGAAGAAGGUGAUUUGUGUGCAGAUGGAGUACGGCCCUUUCGAGCUCGUGCAUGAGAGGAGCGGCUUGCUCGCUGAGGUGGAAAAGUUGGCUGUGGGUGUGGUUGCAUACAGCCCUCUGAACCGUGGUCUCAUUACCGGGAAGUUCCGCUCCCGGGCAGACUUUGAAGAGGGAGAUCACCGACUUCGCCUCCCUCGUUUCAGCGAGGCCAACUUCCCAGCAAACGUAAAGCUUGUCGACCACAUGAAGUCAAUGGCGGCAAAGUAUAAUGCCACGUCUGCUCAGCUGGCCCUCGCCUGGAUCCUCGCGGAGCAUCCUGGUUACAUCCCGAUCCCUGGAAGCCGUGCGAUCGAGCGCCUACGCGAGAAUAUGCAGAGCGCGUAUCUUGCGGCGAAGUUAUCCCCCGAGGAUAUUCGAGAGAUUAGGGAAUGGGUGGAUAAGGCUGAUGUGCAGGGCGACAGAUACCCUGUUAUCUUCCAGAGGCCCAACGAAUGCGGCAAGCUAGAAGACUGGAAAGGGGAGUACUAGUACGUGUACACAAAUUGUAAUGCUCAUACAAGUGCUUAGUUCGCACUUUCCGGGGAUGGACCUACCAGUAGUGAACGUAGACUGUCUAAAAGCGUAGAGAUAUAUGAUCUCCUUCUGCUACAACGAUAAGUACUAGGUGACGCCAAAAUAUCCAAAGGUUGAUAGACUCAAGGCCACUCUGUGACUCAAUCUAUGGAAAUUGCCCCUCUCAGUGCAGCAUCCUGUCUCAGUACUGCACCGUUGAUCAUCUCGUUUUCGAAGAUAUGAGCUACAAAUCUUCCAAACUCGGUCGGCUUCCCAGGACGCACCGGCCACUCACCACAUUUGGUCGACUCCUUCACAAAUGCAUCAUUGAUUGGGGUGAGAAAGACGCCUGGGGCUAUGGCGUUCACACGAAUCCCGUAGCGUGCUAGGUCUCGAGCCAUCGGCAGAACCAUCGAAGAUAUUGCACCUUUCGUGGCACUGUACCCAACUGAUCCACUCUGGCCGUCCGUACUCGUGUAUGAAGACAUAAGCACAAUGGCGCCUGUCUCGCCCUGCGUUGUGUUGUUCUGCUCUUGUGUGACGAUUCUCUGUGAUACUUGUUGUGCCACAUUAAACGUCCCCAAGAUAUUUACAUCCAAAAGUUUCUUGAGAGCGCCGAUGUCCUGUACUCCGUAUGGUGCUGAAUAUUCGGGAAGUGCGGCAGUCAAUCCUACACUCAUGAUGCCGGCGCAUAGCACGGCUCCAGAUAAUCUAGGGAAAACUAGAGAGGCCUGAUGAAGCGCUUCAUCCACUGACACUGAAUCGGUGACGUCGACUUUGCCUGGAAAAACAACUCGGUUCGGAUAUUCCGCCUGCAAGGCAGAUCCAGAAGCUUCGUUCAGAUCUAGUAUCACUACAUUUGCCCCUCCAUCGAGCAGGACUUCUACAGCUCCUUUACCAAGACCACUUGCUCCUCCCGACACGACAAAAGUAUUUCCUGAGAUUUGGACCAUGAUGUACCUGUAGAGCCUUCGUCGAGGUAGAGUCCAAGAGCGAAAACACUCCAGCAAACCUACGAUCAACUUUAUUGAAAGCCAUGGAGGGCGCAUGAAAGGAUGUGCGGAGGUCAUGUCGAAGACUUAGAGCUAUGUUCGGUGGUCCUCAACGGCCGCAGAGCAGCGGGCGCCCACCCACUACUACUUAACACGCAGACUCUGCCAACGAGCU